AUGUCUAACAUAAACAAUGCACUUUGCAUUGAAAAUGGACAGAAUGCAGAUGUGUCUCUCUUACAAAAGGAUAAUCUUCAGGAUGGUGGAUUAAGCCAGCUUUUGGAUUAUAACGCAGAAAUGGAAAGGUACAGGUCUUUUGCAAACUUUUAUAAAACCAAUGGGGCAUUUCCACAGACUGCUAAGAUUGCCCGCAUCACAACGCCCAUUUUUCCCAGUGCUAGAAUUGGCAUGUCCCCUUGGAACUGCGAUAACGCCAUGCUCUGGGGAAGGAAAUCAGCGGCAAUAAACCCUAAUAGGACCAGCAUGCAUAGAAAUGACUCCCAGAGGCCGGGGAAGCCUGGCGUGCCGCCAGAGACGCUGCAAAUGGCAAAUAAUAAUUUCCUCUCUACCUUAUCCCCCGAACACUGCAGACCUUUAGCAGGAGAAUGCAUGAACAAGCUGAAAUGCGGCGCUGCUGAAGCAGAGAUAAUGAAUCUCCCAGAACGCGUUGGAACUUUUUCCGCUAUUCCGGCUUUAGGGGGCAUCUCAUUACCUCCCGGGGUCAUCGUCAUGACAGCCCUUCACUCCCCCGCAGCCUCAGCAGCCGUUACAGACAGUGCGUUUCAAAUUGCCAAUCUGGCAGACUGCCCACAGAAUAAUUCCUCGGCAUCCAGUGGAAACCCAGCGAAGAAGAAAAGGAAAAGGUGUGGGGUCUGUGCACCCUGCAGGCGGCUAAUCAACUGUGGUGUCUGCAGCAGUUGUCGGAACCGCAAAACGGGCCACCAGAUCUGCAAAUUUAGGAAAUGCGAGGAGCUGAAGAAGAAGCCAGGCUCAUCGCUGGAGAGGACACCUGUCAACAAUGGCGAAGCUUUUCGGUGGUUCUUUUAGAGAGGCGAGCCGUGGUCGCCGCAUCCAGCAGCAAGAGAGCAGGUGGGACUCUUGACUCUCUGCCAGGAGCACUCGAUAGGUUCACAGAACCCAACAUGCUCAACACAUUUGGAGAGGAUGAGAGAAGAAAAAGUGGACAGACAAAAAGAUAAAUGAAAAGAUAAUGGUGUUGUUUUAACUCUGUAAUUUCCUUUUCUGUGUAAUUAU